AAAAAGUUUGGUACAUAAAGACCAAAGAAGGUUCUUUUGUGCAUCAACAAAACCAUCCAGCUCCUCUCCAAUACUUCAUUAUAUCAAUCUCACCAUAACUUCACUUUCUUCUAUCAUAACAAUAAUUUGAACUUGUAUUUUCAAUAACUUCAUGUCUACACCAUUACAACAUGAUGAUGAAACUUCAUCUCUCAACUUCAAGGAGACAGAACUCAGACUAGGCCUACCUGGUUCUCAAUCUCCUCACAGAAAACAAGUUGGAGAAGUUUCUCAUAACUUCAACAAAAACAUUAAUGUUUCUUCUUCUUUGAACAACCUUGUAUGUAGUGUUGGAGCUAAAAGAGGUUUCUUUAAUGCUAUUGAUCAAUCUUCCCCAAAAAACAUCAAAGAUGUUCUUCACCAACCACUACAUGAAAAGAAUAAACAUGUUUCAGGAACAAAUGAACAUGCGAAUGCUCUUGUUUCAAAGACACAGGUUGUAGGAUGGCCGCCAAUUCGAUCUUUUCGAAAGAACUCGAUGGCGUCGAAUUCGACAAAGAACAAUGAGGAAGAUGAAGGAAAACCAGGAUUUGGUUGUCUCUAUGUAAAAGUGAGUAUGGAUGGUGCACCUUAUCUCAGAAAGAUUGAUCUCAAAAUCUAUAACAACUAUAAGGAUCUUUCUUCAGCUCUUGAGAACAUGUUCACAUGCUUUACCAUUGGUCAAUGCAAUUCUCCUGGACUUCCUGGGAAAGAUGGACUGAGUGAAAGCUCUUUGAGGGAUCUUCUACAUGGAUCUGAAUAUGUUCUUACAUAUGAAGAUAAAGAUGGUGAUUGGAUGCUUGUCGGCGAUGUUCCUUGGCGGAUGUUCGCCGACUCGUGUCGGAGACUAAGGAUCAUGAAAGGUUCUGAGGCAAUUGGGCUAGCUCCAAGAGCCAUGGAAAAAUCUAGGAGCCAAAAGUAAUGCAGAAAACAAAAGUGAAGUUUUCACUGAUAUGCAUAUAUGAAGUUUUACAAGAAAGUUUGAGUUUAUAUGGUUAUGUUCCAAAUCAAAAAUAUAUAUGUAAUUCAGUGUCUCAGUUUUUUGUGAAUUUAUAGUCUGAGUCUGACAAGUCUUCAAAAUUAGUAGAAUUUAAUGAGACAUAUCCAGAAAUCUAUAUACACAUGUUUUGCUUGCAUAUCUGUUUUGUGUACCUUUGAAUUCUUGUUGAUGUAUAAAAACUUUGCUUGUUGUGCAUUUUCA